AUGGACAGAGAGCUCGGCUCUGCUACUGGACUUGCUCCGGCACCGGACUUCUCGCAACCGCCGCCUACCUUGAUACCAGAGCUCGAAAUCUUGGACAAUCCGACGCGGCUCAAGACGAGCAUUAUUCAGCAUCUGAGACCAGGCACUCUUGAUUUGUUAUCUAUGGCAACGGCAGUUAUUGUCAUCGACCCUACAAAAAUUGACAGUGCACACGAGUACCCCACUCCAACUUCUUUUGAUGUUCGCUUCGAGGUAAAGCAGUCUGGACCUACUACUGCCUUUCUCCACGAAGAUGUUGUGGACUUCAAUGUGACGCCGAUAACGCGUGAUCUGUCUAUUGAUCGAAGCGAUUACAUGCGUGCACCAACCGACAUUUACCUAUUUCUAGAAGUCCCUCCAACUUCUCUUCCAGACGGCAGUACUUUGGUAUCUCUACCCAAGGACGGGCGGCCACCAAGCUUUGCUUCGCUUCGUGAUGCAAUCGAUGCCGUUCUCCAAAAGGAUCAGACUGAGGGCUCCCCUUCGCUCGAAGAGAUGGUCACCUUCAUAACUACUGAUCAAGCCCACCAGAUCGCUCUGGAGCUUAUCUACAACCGCGCCAUAGACCCGCCUCCAACGGCACCGCUUCCUACAGCUGAUUUGAAUGGUGUAGCUUUCCCCAUCCCCGUGCCGUCCCUCGAAGACCUCUAUACUGUAGGCGGUGUCGGUGAGCCUGAUAAAAUGGACCAGGCGAGAGAGAAAUUUGAAGGAGAGAGGACUUCAUAUUAUGCAAUCCGUAAUGCCAACGCUCUGCAGCUCGCCAACUUUGUUUUCUCCGUUGUUAUGGCUGUUCGGCUAGAGCAAUACACAGUGAGCGAGGGUCGAAGAGCUAACCUCGACGUCCCUGUGAAACCCACUGUUUCACACACAUCAUCAAAUUCUUCGGCAUCAUUGUCUUUGUCUGGCAGUGCAGCGCUGCCAGCAACAGAUAUCACAGCACUUGACCCUCCUUUCACGGUGCCUGCCGCCUUUUUCUACGCUCUGACGACUACCUAUAGCUUGACGCAAGACUUUGAUACGCGCAUUCAGUUUCUCAUCACCAGUCCAACGACGACUCUUAUCAGCCUCAUGAACCAGGCCAUCGACGCUAGAGUACUCAACUCACCCGAUAUCGACGGUAUCGUAAUGGAGCACACUACUCUAACCUCAAGCGGAGAUGUUACUAUAAACCAGUAUCAGGCGAUUCGACGAAUUGUUGCACUGCGGCCAUCUGUUGGUAACGCAUCCCAUAUCUUCGUAGAACCUGCUAAGAAUGUCGAUGUUCGCUCAGUAGUAACACAAUGGCUCGCCUAUCCUGGCACGGAUGACAAGAUACUUGAAACAUUUUGGACUCCACUCUUCUCCUCCACUCAGUAUCUAGUCAUCAUCCUUGAAAUUGUUGUCCCUAAUGAGGAGGACUUGAUCAGCAAGAUCCUGGAGGACUUGAAGACUUCGGCUGGAGCCCCAUUAAAAACUGUAGACGAUCUCUUACAGGUCACCGAAAAAUCUUGGCUUAUAUUUUUCCAAGCUCACACGACUCCAAACCUUCUACCAAAGAAGUACAUACUUGGAAGCCUCGCAGACAAGGUCCAUUCUUUCGUUCAAGACCUUAGCAAGAUCCUCUUUGUCGCAUCUUCAACUGAGCCACCCCCUCCAUUCCAACCCUCUGGUAUCCCAUUUCUAAAUGGCUUCCAUGACAGGGAUACCGUUGUGCAAUUCUUCCAUUCAUUCUCAUCAUUUUCUUUCUCGAACCCCUUCGACGAAUCGGAGAGACAGUCCGUUUACAACGCUGCCUUGAAUCUUUUCGGUGGUAAUACCAGUGUAGCAACAUUUAUUGCUACAGCCGUGGAGGAGCUCUGGACACUUUAUAAAUUGACUGACUUCUCCAUGACCCUCGAUACGAAGCUGCGGUUUUCCUACAUGGAAGCUCUCCAUGCACGUGGCCUCACGUCUGCUAGCAAGGUCCUAGAAAUCCCCCAGAACAUGUUUCCCAGCGCCCUAGUUGGUACGGUUGCUUUUCCAAAAGCUGGCGACAUCUAUGAGUUGGCCAAGAAAUUACCCCGGACUCCCGCUGAUACCGACUCUGGUCCUGAAACAGGAUUUCAGCCCAUUAACACAGGGUCUCUAGUGAAUUGCAUCCCCCCUUGCCACCUGUCACCCUUCGGAUCCGUUCAAUACCUUCAAGAUCUCCUCAACCUAACGGGUGUCGGCAGCCAGCAAACCUUAGGGGAUAUCCUAACGUCUCGACGUGGGGACUUUAGGUCUAUUUCAGUCACAAGCUCAAAUUCGGACCUGGUUGUACCGUACAUCGAUAUUGUAAACGAAAACCUAGAGUCUUUUGCUUUGGGCGUCAGCCAGCAGACUCCCAAUCCAGUUGGAGUCGUUUUCAACACCUUGGAUCAAGGGCUCAAAAGCCUAGACAUUGCCAACAGUAAAAAACUUCAGCUUCCUGGCUCUCUCACAUCGAUUGGGAUCUUGGAGGCUCUUCCACAGCACUCUACACCGCACACAGCGCCUAGCCCGAAUGCGUAUGAUGUUCUGAAAUCCACCUUCGCGACUUCCAAGUUACCGUACUCUCAAAGUCUUGAUGUCUGCUGGACAUAUCUCAAGGCACUUGGUACAUCACGUUUUGAGACAAUGAGAAUGUUCCACAAGGACAUCACGGAGCUUGCACAGGACGCGUCGCUGGAGCCACCUUCGUUCCAGAAAAGUAUCUGGCGCUUUCCCGUCCGCCGCGACCUUGCUAGCGAAUACCUUUGCAUUUCAGCUGAAGAAGCUACUGUCAUAUUCGGUGGGAAGAUGACCCUGCAAACGGCGUUACAGCUUAUGAGCUUCCAGAAUCUUGACAGGACACCCAUUUCUUCUUCUAUAACUGUGGCAUGGUUUUUGGAAAUCGCAGGAAUCACGUACUGCGAUUUCCUUGAACUGCACGGCAGUGGCAUCGUGAAGUUCGGUCCGCGCCAACGCGAAGACUCAAAUGGUGCCAGUUACCCUCCGUGCUUACCGUGCUGCGCAGAAUCCUUGUUGAUUACUUUCAAUACCGAAUCACCGAUUGGGGAAAUCAUCAAACUGGUCGUGUUCGUUCGGCUCUGGCAGCGCCUAAGAGGGCGUUGCGGAGAGUGCUUGUCCAUGGCUACCUUAGCCGACAUUUGCUCUGUUCUUCACCUUUUCGAUAACAACAACGUAAAUCCUGACUUUCUUGUUCAAUUAUCGUCUCUGCUGAUGCUGAAGGAGAUGUGGAGACUUCCAUGGACACGUGCCACGGACGGUGCGGCUACAUCUCAGUCUGAUCAACAAACCCAACUGCUAGCUCUCUGGUCUGGUGCUCCCAAAGAUUCACCACAGCGCACAUGGGCUGUUGAGGCUCUUCUUUUGGGUAUAGAGGACUACAGCAUGCAGAAUCUUCAUUGCUCAAAACGAUCCGCCUCAUGGUGUAAGAUCGUCGCGGAGAACCUUGACGAUCUCGCGAAGCUCGCUGGGUUCGAUGGUACAACGUAUAGAUGGGACUCAAAGCCAACGUGUACCAUUCGGUUCGCGGAGGUGCUCUCAAAGCUAUACGCGUCAAAAUUCACUAUUGGAGAGAUUGUGUUCCUCUUCGCAACCAAGGCGCAUAUGCGCGGUGACGAUCCGUAUCCUGUCACCGAGGAAGACGAGUCUGAAGACGAUCCGCUCAACGUCCCGGAGGAUGAUGACAUUUACGGACUUUGGGCCUUGCGUCGCAAACUUCUCAAUGUACAAACCUCUGAGAAAGAGGCUAGCGAAUGGCCUUGGUCGAAGAUCGAAGCUACUCUUUGUGGUAUGAGCUCUAGGGACACAGGGGGCAGUCUCGGCAACGUGUUAGCAAUUUUUGCGGAGCAUUUCUUCCCAGAGAUCCUGGAGGAGGAAGGCCGUGUAGUCAAACCUGAACAUCGGCGCUUCGAGGCACCAAUUCCCGUGGCCGAGACCGCUGCUAGCAUGUGGCAAUUUGGCGAGUGCUCGCCUUUCCAUUUUGAGGUUCGUGAUAACAAAAAUGGACUGUUGUGGGCGAAGUUGCCAGUCAGGAACAGCGAAGUCUUGAAAACCUUGCGGGACUUGCGCCAGCUAAAUACUGCAGAGAGAAAAGCUCUUCAAACAGUUUACCUUGCGCCUCGGACAGCGAUGGCUCCCCUCGCCAUGGUCUUCACCAAUUAUGAGCAUGCAGCUCAGUACAUGAUUCAAGAACCGAGUGUACAUAAGCGAUUCGGCUUCUUCCAGGUCGAAUUUGCGCGCUUCCUAAAGCGCUGUCGUGUCAUUGCUCACCACCUUCACGAUGCGGUGUCUGUUACCACUAGGAAUGACAGUGCUGAGUGUGCCUGUGCGGUUGACUAUGGUUGUGAGUGCGUUGGUUUGAAAUUAGCCUGGAAGAUUCUAUGCUCUCUCAUUGCCGAUGAGAACAGCGCCAACCAACCGUGGGAGAACCCGAAAGACUCCGGCAACCCACCCCAAACUUUCGAUUUCAGCAUAUUUUCGGGGAGUGCCUUCGCUUCUCUACUUGGUCUCACGGGUACUGGACUGCUUGGCUGUUACUAUGGGGCGGCAAGCGAUAAUGAAUGGUUCGAAACAAGAGGUGGAGUGAGCGGUUGGGACCCAGCCAACAACUCAUGGAACUCUCCAAUCAUUACCAUCAUUCCUAGUCUCUAUCUCAACGCUAGCCAGGGCCAGCGUGUCCUUGCGUCCUUCAAGAAUGGAUAUGCUCUCAAUCAAGAGACGGGUGAGAUUCUCUCCGGAGCGGAACCAUUCUCGGUCACAUGGACUGGUGUCUUAUUAAUCGAAUGCGACGGCUGCUACCAUUUUGCUGCUGGCUGUCCUGGACGUGAACGUGAUGACGAAGCGUGUCACUGCGAGAAGUACAAGCAAUGGUGCGUCAACCUUCAGAGAGGACAAAAGACAUGGCCUUUACUUUCACAAGGCAUGGAAACCGAUGGCAAUAUCCCAUGCAGCUACUCCCAGGCCAUACGGUUGCGUCGCGGCGCGUAUGACAUAACCGUUAAGUUUAGGCAGCCAGAGCCGAACUUCGAUGAUGAAGACGACCUGAAGAGAUUUCAUACUGGCUUCGUGCUCAAGUACACGGGUCUCGAUACAGAGCAUUGCUUGAUUGAGGUGCCAUUGAAAAGCUUAUAUCUUAAGAAGAAACCCGAAAAGCCCCAUCAUAAUUCUGACGGGCCAGAAUCAAAGAUUACAAGGUUCCAUGGCUUCGACGACAGGUAUAUAUCAACACUUCGUGACAUUAGGAGAACGUACCAGCGCGCCUUUAAAGCCAUUCUUUUCGCAACUAGGCUAUGUCUCUCAGCAUGCUUGAGUACCUGUGAAUGGGAGAGUGAACUCGGAUACAUACUGGAUCGUGCAGGAAAGUUUCAUGGGACGUCGUAUUAUCUUAAAAGCGAGGUAUUUCAUCCACAUCAGGUUGAUUUUAAUUUCAACUUCUUGCCUGUAUACGACACUUAUUUCCCCCCCGACGGUACGAAGGAUCAAAGAGUGGCACCUAGUUGGAAACGUAGCGCCGCAAUGUUCGAUUGGUUCGAAAGAUUGUUCGAUUACACCAAGCUUCGAGGAUGGGUAAGCGAGGUGUGUGGUCCACCAGUCUGGCUUCUCUUCCACCAUGCGACCUCAGAUGGGCCCCAACCUGUUUCCCAGCUUCUGAGAUUCCUCGGCCUUGAGAUUGCCUUGUCGGAUAUGGUCUUAGAAUACUAUCAGGCUGGAGGCCUCUGGAAGAUAGCAGACGCUAAUGUCCCGGCAAACCUGGGAGACGAGAGGUGGGUAACACGUCUCUGGAUGGCAUGUCGCUACAUCAAAAAGCUCAAAGCUCAUUUCUACGCUCCUACAAUAGAGCUUGAGCACUGCCGCCCUGCCACUUGGGCAGCCCUAGAUGGGAACGCACAGAUCGACGGUACAACUGGUAACGAUAAUCUUACGCGAUUUGUGCAACGCUCCUGUCUGGCUAAGAACGACGCGCCACUGCGCUUGGGACUAGUCGUUGACUUGAAUAAUGGGCUUCGGAUGCGUGCGCGAGAUGCCCUUCUCGCUUACAUAGCCUUUCAAGGGCACUCAUUGGGAGACCUCUCAGACAGACUACUGCUAGACGUUGGGGCUUGCAUUAACCAGAAGACUACACGCAUUGACGAUGCAAUUGCGGCAGCACAACGCUUCAUGCAACGAGUGAUCCUCGGCCUUGAGUCCACUACGUUCACUAUUGACAAUCCAUUACUCAAGCGUUGGGAGUUCGAGCUCUCAUCAUUCGACAAAUGGAAGGCUGCACAACGGAGGAAGUACUACUAUGAAAACUGGAUCCAAUGGGAGGAAGCAGGGAAACUUUCCUUAUGUGAGGGAUUCCAGUCGCUGAAGACGUUUUUAGGAGCAAGUAUCUCUACGUUAGCCCUACCGGGACGAGGCAUUUUCUGGCAAGACAAAGCUCAAGGUCUACCAGGUACAGACGAGCUGGCAGGGGUAUCGAGCGCUCAGAAGUUUGUCCUCGGGAAACAGACUCAGUCUCUCGAUGAGGGUCUGCGACUCCUAGGAGCUCCUGGGCAUAGCGGUCGGCCAACAUGGCUCGCAUCCCUCCCGAUACCUGCCAACACGAUUCCUGAAGAUGGGAAUGGGGCAAUAGCUUCUAGCGUAACAGCGGACUCGCCCGUGUCCUUGAAGGUUUCGAAAGCAACACAUGCCCUCCUACCUGGAGCAUCUUCACUUGACCAUAUUCCAUUAUGGAUCCAGGCAGCAGUCCGUAUGGGAACUAGAUUCCUGCGCGUGGCUGCUUCAAGCCUCCCUAUCGCCACCCCUUACACUGGUUUAAACACCGUCUCUCCAUGCUGUCUCUGCAAGGAUAGUCAUGCACCAGUAAUAGAUGAGUAUUACUUCUGGCUCGAGGACGCCCGCUGGUUUGACGUUACCGACGUCCCCGCGCCCCAAAACGCGGACUUACAUGUCAACACGCCUCGAAUCGACCCUCCACUGGCCGAUGCCGGACCACAAAUUGAUCCUAGAACAAGGGAUGCAGACCCAACGUCUGAUUGGGACGCACCAACUCCGCAGAUGCUCUCUUGGAAGUUAAGCCCACUUGUUCAUCUCCGUUGGACGCGAGUACAUAUGGGCGUGCUUCUGGACCCAAGACGCUCGAGUAAAGGUAUCCCUCUCAAGGAUGGGCAGAUGAGCGACAUCAACCUCGAUUUUUGCGGUAGAAAAUUUGACUCCCUUUUUUUUACUAUCCUCGGGAGUGGUUCCGAACUAGGAUUCCGAUACGAUAUUGCCACCGACGCGGCGACAGUCCUUCCAGAGCCUAUCACCCCUACAGAACCGCCUGCACUUCCUCUUCCAGCCUCGCUUCAAUCAGUGCUCGCCGCAUUUCCUUACUUCCUUUAUUUUACUCCAGGCAAGCCACUUGCACCAGUUGGAACUUUCAGCACAUCUUUGGUGGUCGCGAACACUCUACGCACAGAUUGCCGUUUCCAAGAAGCAUCCAAGUGGCUUCGAGUAGCAUACGAUCCUCUAGAUAGAGAUAAUUCUUGGAUGCGUUGCCUGGACAAAGAAAAGCAAGGAGUCCUCGAAGAUCCACAUGUCUCAGGAAAGAGCCAUAACGACCCUUUCUCAAAAGACAGCGUAGAUCUGUUUUCCAUUGUUCUAAAGGAACAGAAGGCUGAGGGGGCAGACCAGGCAUCUCUACGCACCGAUGAGCGAGGGCUCCACCUAGACCUACCAUGUUGCCCCGCUUCCCCUGUCGGAGCUGUAAGUGCACGUGCACGAGCGGCCACCCUCGAAUACCUCGAGACGUUGUUGCAGGAGGCUAAUACUCUUCGUGGCUGCAAUUCACUAGAAGCCUCACAGCAAGCACUUACUUUACUUAAGCUCAUGCAGCGCGUCCUUGGCUCAAACCCCUCUUGGAUCAAUGCCACGGAUACAACUAAUGGGGAAAUGACUGUUUCUACCUUUGAGCCAUAUGCGGCACCACUAAACCCGAGGCUAAUUGAGCUUUACGCCUCUGUUGAAGAAGGUGUCCAUGCCAUCCGAUCUCAAAUGAAUAAGAGACGACAACCGAGUGGGAGCCUUGGUCUCAACAUGGCGCAUUUUGGACCGAACCAGAAAUUUGACCUUCAUGCAAUAAAUGGAGGUGACCAGCACACGGCAUGUGACUCUUUCUGUUUUUCGUGCUGCCAUCCUUACCGGUUUACCUUUGUUCUGCCAAAAGCUACGGCAUGGGUCGCUUUGGCCAAGAACACAGCGGCAGCUAUGCUUUCAGCUAUCGAGAAAGCGGAUACAGAGGCACUAUCGUCUCUUCGGUUUACCCAGGAACACCAGAUCACGGAGCUGGGCCUUGAGAUCUCUAAAAACAACUACCGAGCAGCUGACUGGGACGUCCAGGCUCUCGAUAAACAAAUGAUCAACGCGACUACCAGAUUGCAAUACUUCCAGCGACUCAUCGCAACCAAACUCAUCGAUCUCGAACAAGCACAUGUUUUCGGAGUGACAGCUUCAACAGCCAGCCGAACCAGCGCUACGAUUGUCGACGGUGUCGCGCAGGGUAUGGCUACCGUCCCGGAUAUGUGGCUUGGUGUCGCUGGAAUAAUGGGUACACCACUGCAGUUCAAUCAACUACCAAUGGGCGUAAAGAUGGGCACUGGUUUUGCCACAGCUGCGAGGAUAUUGAAUACUGUAGCUGAAAUCUCAACAGCGGGCGCUAACCUCUCGCUCACAGAGGCAGGUUGGGCACGCCGUGAACAGGACUGGCAACAUACGUGCGAUGUCACCGUUUCGGAAAUACAGCAGAUAAAAAGGCAACGGCUAGCUGCUAGACGCCGGCUCGACAAUGCUUUGAGAGAGUUGAAUAACAAUCAGCGCCGCAUUGAGCACUCGGCUGAAGUGGAAGACUUUGCACGUGACAAGACGUCUAGGUACGAGCUGUACCUUUAUUUGCAGCAAGAGAACGCGGCGCUAUACCGACAGUGCUAUGACUUGGCUUUGCAGACGGCGCAAGAGGCACAGCAGGCUCUCAGAUUCGAGCUAGGAUAUCCAUCAUUCAACUUCAUAUCCUCCGCGGCAAGUAGCUGGAACAAUCUCCACGAAGGCCUCCUAGCAGCCGAAAAACUCGAACUAGCCCUGUCGUCAUUAGAGCGCGCACAUAUGACAAAGGACUGCCGUGAGUACGAGCUUGUCAAACAUGUCUCGCUGCGACUGCACUUUCCUGCAGCAUUUAUCAUGCUCAAAACUACCGGAUGUUGUGAAGUUGAUCUACCAGAGUGGCUUUUCGACUUGGAUUACCCAGGCCACUACAUGCGUCGGGUCAAGUCUAUCUCAUUGAGUAUUCCCUGCGUCGCCGGACCGUACACCGGUAUUCACUGCAAACUCCAGCAGCUGAACAGCACCAUUCGUUUCCAACCUCGUCGCACUGGUCAGGAAAACUGUCAAUGCUGCCCAAAAAAGAAGUAUAUGCAUGACAUCAAGCCUCUGUCGACCGCCUGUCCAAACGAUCCAAACGUCUGGAAGCGCUUCGCAGGAACUGAAGCAAUUGCCACCUCAGCCGGGGUCAAUGAUUCUGGCCUCUUCGAACUCAGCUUUAAUGACCAGCGAUAUUUACCAUUCGAGUAUACAGGAGCUGUGUCAUGCUGGCGUAUUGAGCUUCCGCCCGAAAACAAUCAGUUUGACUUUGAUAGUUUGAGUGAUCUGGUCAUGCAUAUCAAGUUCACGGCGAGAGAGGGCGGACCAGAAUUUGCAAGAGAGGGCAACGAGCUUGCGCAGAGACAUACCCCAGGCGAUGGUUUGCGUUUCUUUGAUGUCAGGCAUGAGAUGCCUGAGGUGUGGAGAGUGUUAAGGAAGGAGGUUGGGUGUGAAGCGUGCAAGAAAUUUGAGGGGGCAAUCGAAUGUAUUUGCUGUGAUCGAAGAGAGCAUGAUGGAGAGCACGAUAGAGAGAAUUUCAAAGAGGGGGACCACUAUAACCACAGCCGCGGGUGCCGGGUCGAGGGCAAGGAGGAUUACAGAAAGAUAUGGUGUAACAAGUGCAAGCAGCACCAUUACAGCCAUGAAGAAGCGAACUCUCACAAACAAAAGCAUACACGCAAGAACAAUUGCCAACAUCACGGGACAAAGAAGAAACGGCCACACCACGCAAAGCGGGAAUUUCGCCUCAGCCUCACACGAAACAUGUUCCCCUUCCUCACCAGUCGUCGCGGCGUAUCCGUCACAAGCCUUAAUAUCAUCCUUGACACCAAGUGUAGCGAGCCCGCUACCACCAGAGUACACUUCAUACCUCCUUCGGUUCAUUUUCCUCACCACAAGGAGCCCGCCUGCGUAGACACAGAGGAGAUCCGCCUCGUUCGCACUGAAAGCGGGUUGUUGAAGGGGUGCCUGGCUCUGAAGCAGCAGGUAGAGUUGGAUGACGGGUACAAAGGUGAUGCUAAGGGGAGUAGAGGCGAGAAGCUUGUUGGCACUUUUGAGAUUCCAUGUCAGAUUGAUGGAAGGGAUGUUUGUGGUGCGUGGCUACUUGUGGGUUAUUGUUCUACGGAGAAACGGUGCGAGAAGACGGCGAUGGUCGGGUGCUGUUGUCCGGAGUAA